AUGCUGAGCUCGGUGUCGUCGCUGAAGGGCCUGCUGGAGGGGGGGCCGCGCGUCGACAACUGGGCGUGCUGGCUGCACCACGGGCUGACGUUCGCGGCGCUGCUGCUGUGCUCGGUGGUGGUGUCGGCGCGCCAGUACGUGGGCGACCCCAUCGACUGCCUGUUCCGCGGCGCCGGCGAGCACCGCACGCUCGACGCCUACUGCUGGGUGCAGUCCACCUUCACGUCGGCGCGCGCCCUCGACCCGGACGAGGAGCGGGCUCACCCCGGGGUGGGGCCCGAGGCUCCGGGGGAGCCGAUGCGCCACCACGCCUACUACCGCUGGGUCUGCUACGUGCUGCUCUUCCAGGCCGCCGCCAGCGUCGCGCCGCACUGCCUCUGGAGGGCCUACGAGGGCGGCGCCGCAGCCAGCGCGGCCACCAAAGAGGGCUUGCCUGGCGCUGGCAGGUUGUUGCUGGGACACAGGGGCAAUGGCGCCUUCACCGGCUGGGUCAUCCUCUUCUGCGAGGCUCUCAACUUCGCUGUCGACGUCGGCCAGAUGUUCUUCAUGAACCUCUUCCUGGACGGCGAGUUCUUUCGGCAUGGCUUCGAGGUGUUCCCCGAGUCUGCACUGGGUGAGGAGAGCCGCGAGGACGCACUGGCACGGCUGUUCCCCAGGGUGACCAAGUGCUCCUUCCGCCAGUACGGGCCUUCCGGGGACGUGCAGACCCUGGACGGGCUGUGCGUGCUGCCCAUCAAUGUAUUCAACGAGAAGGUCUACGUGGUGCUCUGGUUCUGGUACUGGGUGCUGGCCUGUAUUGCAGCCGUCAACCUGUUCUACCGGGCCAUCCUCGUAGUGUCCCCAUCAGUUCGUGAGUGGCGCCUCAGAGCUGGCUUCUUGUGCAACACAGACGACGCCAAGUACUUCGCCAGACGGUCGUCGUUCAGCCAGUUCAUGCUGGCCGUGACGCUGGGCAGGCAGCUGGGAGGCCGCGAGGAGUUCAGAGACCUGCUGGCGGAGGUGGUCCGGGACAUGAAGCAGCAAGUGGAGGAGGCGGUGCAGGCCAAGAUGGGGGGCGCGCGAUACAGCGUGGGGCUCCCCGUCCGAGGAUCCUACCGGCUCAACUGCAACGGCACCAAGAAAGCCCACCACGCUGACCAGGCUUCCACUGGUGGUUCUGAGCCCCCUGCUACUUGUGAUAAGCAACUGUACAGUAAAGAGCCUUCUCCUGUUGGGACUUCAGAGCCUCAGGGCUUCAGAGACAGGCUGUUAUCCAGUCACACUCGCGAAUUCCCUAUUCAGUCAGCCUACAAAGUCAGUUGUGACAGUGGCAAGCCAGCUGACCAUGUGGGACAGUCCUCCAAUGGCGGUUCUGAGCCCCCCACUACUGCUAAGAAGAAGCUGUCCAGUAAAGAACCUGCUCCUGGUGGGACUUUAGAGCCACCUAACGACAGGCGUAUCUGCACUUACGCCGUGGAAUACCCUGGUCGAUCGGCCUACCUGGUCAGCUGUGACAGUACCAAAGCAGCUGACCACACAGGUCAAUCAGUCGGUGGAAGUUCCGACCCCCCAGCUGACGGCUCGCAGCAGCAACAAGGUGCCGACCCUGGUCCUGUUGGCAAGUGCUCGAGCAUGGCUUCUGACCAUUCCAGUAACAAGUUGUCUACCAGUCGCAGUCUGGCACAAUGUUCUGCAAGAGGAGCUAGGUCGACCAGUACCGAAUGGCCUUUACCAGGGGGUCGCAUGUUCCCAGAUGAUCCAAAACGGCGCCAGACUUGGGAGGUGCCUCGUGACAAUGACGAUGAUGGCGCCCUCUGCCCCAGUUCGGAUCUCUCACGUAUGGGACUUACUGUGAGGAAGUGCAUAGAGAAGAUCGAGAAGAUCGAGACGUCUUCGUCAGGUCAGGAGAGUCAUGCAGGUCUAAAGGACAAGUCACAGAAGGACCGACUGGAACAAGAUCGUUACUCGAUGCGGGAGCCUCCAGCCGCUAUACGUACAGAACGGGAGACACCGAAAUUCCCAGAUAAUCUGUCCAUCGGAGAUGAUAAGGACAAGGUGUCUUGUGUCUGAAUGCUGUCCAGUAACACCACAGCAAGCGAUUCGCCAGCGGACCUAGAAAAUGUUCCAGCCAACUGGAGAAGAAGAGUCACUCCAGCUACGCACAUGUCCUCACCUGCGAUUCUUCCAGGCAGGAAUAUAAUGCAUUAGCAGCACCAUAUUUGUCUCUGGCGAGUCACCUACGACAACAAACAUACCAGCAGCAUCUGUUAAACUAAGUAUUAGUCAUAAUUCAACGUGUAAGAAAGUAGACGCUAAGCAUCUAGAUAAAUAUAGAAUUUUGUGACGAACCAACCCUACAGGAUAAAAUAAUGUACCAGGUAACAUAUCGAAAGGAAGAUAUUUCGCACCACAAAUUUGUUUACAGUUUGGCAUCCCAUAUGCAGUGUUUAGUUGUCCCUAGCUAGACUCACAGAGCACACUUCAAUAAGGUAUAAUUAACUAUUCUGAAUCUCCGUCGGUGGUAAUUUAACACAUUUCCAACAACAUUUCUUAAUCUGUAAUAUGGGACAAUGGUGUGUUUCUUUCCAGUUUUAACACUAGAGGUUUCAUAACACUUUAUAAUAGCACUGUGCAUUGCUAAACAAUAUUUUAAAGAACAAGGCCUGCCAUGAUUAUUUAUAAAAGAUAGCCUUUGCUGUGGACACACGGAAUGAGCUGUGGUAUGCGCCAUUAAGCACAAAACUGUAUGACUGUUGACGAUAUUACUGUUACAGGCACUAAAAAUUUGAACCACAUUUGUCACUUUAAAUACAUCUAAUCUAUUUCCAUUCCAUCAUGUCAUAAGCUAUGAAAUGCGGUAUUGAUUAAAUAUGAUAUUUUUUUCAUUUUAAAUCCAGCUGUUUCCUAAGAACUAGUGGAAACAUUUAUAUUUAUUGAAGCUUACAAUUGUUCACAUCAAAGACAAAGAAUGAUUUGAAGUACAAUGGAUAGCAGACAUUAAAUAAUUCCAUCAAUAACUGCAAAUACUGACUGCAUUUAUUAUGAAGCAAGUAAUCAGUGAGCUGUCUAAACAGAACUGCAGACUUCUGCGGUAUCAGAAAGACAAGGUAUGUUAAAGCUAAACAGAAAAAGAUUAAAAUCUUAAAAUAAUUUCCAAACUAAAUGAUGUGUAUUACAACAAACACUCAGUGAAUAUAAAAGAGAUUGGUGAUUGCUGACAUAAGGAGGAGCCAGAAAUCCUUCCUGAGGAACUUCAGUUUUCUCUCAUACUCCAGUUUUAUCCCACUCUGCUACAUAUAGACAUUAUAAACAGAGUUCUCAGUAAUCUACUUCAGAUACUGUAUUUCUGUGGCCUCAUCAAACUACUUCAUUUUCCACUGAUCUCUUUGUGUUCACAUUGACUGAUUAUAUGUAUGCCAGUUACUAUAGCUUUAUUGUUAUAAUUUCUGUUCUAUGUCAACAAAUAUAAAAUUUCCUUCUCCUGGCUGAUCCACUGAAAAGGAGAGAAAUUUUCUGCAUAGACAUGUAACUCUUAUCAAUAGAAUUUAGUGCAUAGUUUGUCGAUUUUUCUUGAACGAUUUUUUUCUAUUUGAGGGUAAAUACUACAAAUUCAGGAAUAUGGUCAAAAUGUUAAACUGCAACACUAAGACUUUGUAUAAUGGCAAUGAUGCUAAAAAAAAACAAAAAAAAGCUGUUAGCUGUGUAGUUAUACUCAUCGUAGCAAAUGUGCAAUUGUUCCAGAACCACCUGUGAUUUGCUCUGAUAUGAAGAUAUUUACCCAUAUUUGUUUUUCUAUAAAAUACAAAGUGUUAUAUUUUACGAUUGCAGAUGUUUGUUGUAGAAUCACUAAUAUACAGUAACAUAGAAACGAAGAUCUCUAAAAUUACACUAUCAACACUUUAUCUCAUAGUGAACGUUGAUGAGAGAAAGUAAAGAAAACCGUAACACGCAUUUAAAACAUGAUACAAGAGUUUCUAAGUAUCUGUAGCCUAUGAGACAAGAAAAAAGUUAUCAACAUUUUUAUUUUAUUUUUGAGAUAAUUUCGGUAAUAUAUUUUUGAAAUAAUUUCUAGGAAUGUAUAUCCAGUGUGAUAAGAAAAAAAUAAUUAACAGUUUCUUUAAGUAAGAAUCUUCAAAACAGUGAUACUAAUAGUCUACAAAUAUGUAAGAGUGUAACACAUAUGAUUUUUUUUAUUUACUGAAUAUAGCAAUGGAGAAAAAUGGCACUAUGUGAUGUAACUAAAUGGCUAGUUGCUUUAUAAAUUACUGUUAUAUUUGUUUUAGGACUACAGUUUAUAAAAUAUUUUAAUGAACUUCAGGACUGAGGGAAAUUUCUUCAUGCAUAUGUUCGAUCCCAGUAAAAUAUUACAAAAUUCUGCUUGCAGAUAGUGUAUUACAGAUUCAAGCAUUCUGAAGAGUGUAACUCGAUUUCAUUUACAGCACAAAAAAUAUGAAGUAUGAUUCAAUGAUU